AUGGCACGUAAAUUAACUUGUCAAGAAGUGAGUUCAUUGUUUGAGAGAAAGUUGUCUGAAAGGUCAGGUCUGGUGAAGGAUGUCAGGUCAGCAGAGUUCAUUCUUCGAGAAUAUGAAACUGCCACCGUCACCAAAUUCUAUUGUAGCAAGUCAACUGACAAAGGUUUUGGAAACACAGGUGAGAGGCCAAUCUUCUUGUCAUAUGCGAUUGUAUUUUUUCCGUCAUGUAAUAUCCUGGGCUUGAUGCUUCUUGGUAGACAUUUGAAUAAAGUAGGGGGAUUUGAUCUAAAGGCACUUAGGGGGGGAUGGUGAGCGGUAGAUGAGAGUUGACUGUAAGAACGAUAUCUCACUUAUUUGACGGGCCCUAUGCAUGCUCGUAAGUGACAGGUAACUAGGUAUCAUUAUCGAUGUCAUGAUCCUUUUUGACACAUUAUCGUCUAAAGGAAGGGUGACAAGUUGAGUAUGCUUCUCAAAUUUGUAAAAAUUUGUUUUGUAACAUAGACUUGGCAGCUAAAAAACACAAGGUAUUAUGGGAGGAUAGUCGUCUGCCAUUUGAUCACGUCCCAUUUGUCGUGGUAAAUCACAAGGUAUACGAUUGUCAACAUGGUGUAGAUAGACGUCUAAGCGAGAAAAGGAAAAACCAAGCGGUACGUUGAAAGUAUUUUGUAUUUAAAUGAUGUUGUAGAUUUUUUAUUUUGCGUUGAUUAAUAACUAAAGGUCAAGAUCAAGUAGCCUUGAGUUUCCUCCUCCUUGCAUAAAGAUAAGAGAGUAUAUGGUCUGAAAAGAGGACUCGAUGGGAUAGGAUGUUUCAAUGUCCAACAUGGAAGAAAGUUUCAGUGGAAACGUGGCGUUAUAUUGCUGCUUAAAAAGUUUUCAUUAACAAGAAGACUUCUUUUUUCCAAAAACAUAGGCCGGUGACCACGCCUAUCGAAGAAAUGGAGUUGGUAAGCUUUUACAAGAAUCAAGGAAACUCAACCGUCCCGCCCAAGUGCACAUGAGAGAAAUCAUCAAAUUUCCGGAGUACAAGGUAAUUCGGAAUAAAGAAAUUGCAAAAUGUAAUUAAACAAGGAAAACGCCGACCUAUAAAUGACAUCACAAAAACGUCAAUUUGUGUUCCUCCUUUUGAUCUCUAGAUCUCGCAAAAGAGGGAGUGGCGCUGUAAGAGUCAGUCCAAAAAGCUGCGCAACGCCAUAGAUGCUGGAACGGCAAAAACUGCAGUGAAAGGUGGAUUAACAUCCAUUUUCCCUCAGUCGAUGAACACACCGUGCACCCAACUGGAGAAAUAAGCUCUUACAAUUAAAUACCCAGUUACCGUCGUCAUAGUUUUUGUUGCGGGCUACGUAACUGGUCCUUCUCAUAGAAAUGAGUGGGUCAAAAACCGCAUUUAGUCGUGUACGUAAGAAUUAUUUUUCGAUUUUCUUAAUCUCAUUAUUUACUUUUUUUACGCUUGAUUUCUGAUUCAUUCAUUUCUUUGUUAAUUUUGAAUUUAGGCAGGAGGUUUGUUUCAGCGCAUAGAUGAGAGGCUCGUGGCAAAAAUACAAGAACUCGUAUGUGCAGGAGCAAGAUCAGAGAAAGAGAUACGCCGACAUUUAAAGAUCUUUGUGCAAAGAGAAUUAUAUCGAGGGAAAAAAGCGCCAUUGAAGACCAACAGACGCUUUUAUCCCUCCAAAGUUACGAUUAGAAGUCACAUGUACAAAUCCUUAGUCAAAGAAAGGUUCUCGAAAAUUGACCAGGAGGAUCUUCAGGAAAAGGUGAAGCUUUGGAGGGAGAUUUCUCCUGAGGAUUAUUUUGCGUCCCAGCCCUAUGUAACUUACAACGAAGAGGGAAAGGAACGAAAUGGGGAUGAUGAUGAUAGCAGUCGUAGCGAUGGUGAGGAGGAUGAUGAAGAUAUCAUAUUGAAGACGCCAACUAAAGGGCUCCUAUUUGCACACCAGACGAAAGAUCAACGACGGCUUUUAGAACGCUAUGGAAAUGAAAUAAGUAUGCUAGACGCUACUUAUAAGACCACGAAGUACAGCCUCCAUCUUUUCUUUGUAGUUGUGAAGACCAACGUCGAUUAUCAAAUUGUAGGCUCUUUCGUCAUCCAAAGCGAAACGUCAGAUUCCAUUUAUGAAGCCCUCUCGAUAAUUAAGUCU